AUGGCGGAGGCCCCGGACCCGCACGGCUGUCGGACAGUCAUUGCAAGCCGGAACCUGCAACGAGUGUCAGAGGCCUCUAAAAAGCUUGUAGCAGCCACAGGGCAGCAGUGCCUGCCCCUGUCCUUAGAUGUCAGGCAGCCCCAAACUAUUGUGGCAGCGGUGGAUGAGGCACUGAAAGAGUUCAAGCGGAUUGACAUCCUCAUUAAUGGUGCUGCAGGAAACUUUCUGUGCCCAGCCAGUGCCCUGUCCUUCAACGCCUUUAAGACAGUGAUAGAUAUCGACACCAUUGGCACCUUCAACACCUCCAAAGUUCUCUUUGAGAAGUAUUUCCGGGACCACGGUGGGGUCAUCGUUAACAUCACGGCAACCCUGAGCUACCGAGGGCAGGCCCUCCAGGUGCAUGCUGGUGCUGCUAAGGCUGCCCUAGAUGCCAUGACCCGUCAUCUUGCUGUGGAGUGGGGACCCAACAACAUCCGAGUGAACAGCUUGGCCCCAGGCCCCAUUGCAGGCACCGAGGGAUACCGGCGGCUGGGUGGGAAAUUUGCUGAGGAAGAGAGACGAUUCGACACGAUCCCCCUCCAGCGCGCAGGCAACAAGACAGAGAUCGCCCACAGCACGCUGUACCUGGCGAGCCCCCUCUCCUCCUACGUGACGGGCACCACCCUGGUCGUGGAUGGUGGGAGCUGGCUGACCUCUGCCAACAACUUCCCCGGCUUGCUGGGUAUUGCUUCAUCCUCUGCUAAACUCUAG